GGUUGGAUAACCGAUCGAUCAAUCCGGUAGGCGACUUCCUCUCACUGCUCGACUAGAAGCACAAAUUGAGAGAAGUUGUUUAUCUAUGCCCAAUGAUGAGUGUGCAUAUGAUGUGACGGUGAGGGUUAUAAAAGAUAUGAUAUCCUAUCCGUGUUGAAGAGAUGAAUGAAAAUAUAGACAAGAAUCUUUGCAUUUAUCUCAUCUCAUCUCAUCUCAUCUCCAAUACUUGUUUCUAGAGACGUUCUCCAAUAUCACUUUGUUGAAAGAUCGGUAGCAGCACAAAACAUUACACCAACCACAUCACAUCCCUAAACAGAAACACAUACACAAACCCCCAAACCCCCAAGCCCACCAACCCCACAGUCCCCCAGUCCCCCAGUCCCUCCACAACCAUGUCACUCGCCUCGCAACUCUCCUCCAUAACCACGCAAUUCGAAGCCAACGCGCCCACGGCCCUCAAAAACACCAUCAACAAAACCAACACACAAUUCCAACAAACCUUUUCGCCCUCGCUCGCGCUCCAACCCGGCCGUCCCUUCCCGCUCACCACCCUCCCCAACGCAGUCGGCACCCCCAUCUCGAUCCGCACUCUCCUCCUCGCAAGCCCCCUCCUCAUAACCUUCUACCGCGGCUCCUGGUGUCCCUUCUGCAACCUCGCCCUACACAGCCUGCAGCAGCACCUCCCCCUCUUCACCGCGCACAACAUAAAACUCGUAGCCAUCAGCCCGGAACUGCCCGACACCUCUCUCAACACCGUCGAGAAACACAGCCUCGAAUUCGAAGUUCUCUCCGAUGUCGGAAACGCACUCGCGCGGGAAUUAGGGAUUUUAUUCCAGCAGCCUGAGGAGAUGCGCUCGGUAUUCGAGACCUUUGGUCAUGAUAUGGAGAAGAGGAAUGGAGAUGCGAGUUUGGAGGUGCCGGUGCCGGCGACGUUUUUGGUGGGGAGAGAUGGGGUUGUGAAGAGGAGGUUUGUGGAUCCGGAUUGGACGAAGAGGGUUGAGACGAGUGAGGUGUUGAGAUGGGUGGAGGAGUUGGAGGGGAAGGGUGAGUUGUAGGGGGGGUUGGUGAAGAGUGUGCUUGGGUUUGGUAAUUGAGGAUAGAUCAGAAGUUUAAUUUGAUAUGGAGUGUGAUUAAAGACUGGAAUCAGAAAUGAGAAAGCUUUA